UAAGGAGAUUGUGUUGAGAUGAUAGUGGACAGCGCAAUUGCAAUUUCAGCGAACACCACAUUCUCUCUGGUGCCCACCAACGUCUCUACACUUCCCCCACUCUUUAAUGCUCUGGAAAUAUUUCAGAUACCGGAUAACAAGUUAACUGAUGGCACCAACAAAAAAGAUGUUGAAGGCUUAGCUUCUCUGCAAGAGAGAUUCAAAUUAUUGCAAAGUUGGACAAGCGAUCCUUGUCUGCCAGCACCUUAUACAUGGGAUUGGAUCAAAUGCAGUCUUGAUCCUAUUCCGCGAGUAACAGCACUGCUUCUCAAUGGCUACGGCCUGUCAGGGUCGCUUCCGGAUUUCAGUUCCAUGGAUGCUCUUCAAACAAUAGAUGUUCAGAACAACAACUUGCGAGGGCAUGUACCUGAUUUUCUCGGGAUGUUCCUGAACCUCAAAAUAUUGAAUCUUGCUGAUAAUAAGUUCAAUGGUAGUGUGCCAGCCUCCCUGUCAACAAAAAAGGGCUUAAUCUUACGUAAGGUAUCUGGGAAUCCAGGGCUGUGUGCAUCAGAUGUGACAUGCCACAUUUCAGCAGCAUCGCCAACCAACGACAAGAAGAAGAACAUUCUAGAGUUACUGUUUGUCACCAUCACUGCGUUUAUCUUCAUACUAUAA